AUGCAGAACAAUCAGUUUCCCUAUUUCUCUGACGAAAUGGGUGAUGGGAACAUGAACUUCCCAUAUGCAUCAUCAUCAUCCUUUGAUGGUUUGUUCCCACCAUGUGCCAAGUUACCAUACCAUGGCGUUGAACUUCAACCCUCUCCUGUCUGUCCAAAGAACUUUGUCAUUUUCGAUCAGACGUAUGACCACAGCCAAGUCAUGUACCAUCCUGACCUCACUCACAGGCUCGCAAACUCUCCUUCCUUGAAUAGACUAGCUACCACGUUUCAGAACGAGUAUGUUGGGGGAAGUUAUGGUAAUAACUAUGGCCAAGAAGUCUUUGGUAACUAUGGCCAACAAGAAGUCUCCUCUUCUUACCAAGAAGAUCCUAAUGAGAUUGAUGCUCUCUUGAGCACAGAUGAAGAUGAUGGGGAGGAGGAGGAUGGUGGUGAUUCAGAAGAGGUAAGCACGGCUCGUAACGCUUCUAGGGAUUAUGGGAAUAAUACAUCAGCUGAGACUUGUUACUCAAGUUAUGGCUAUAACAGCUCAAGAAGGAAGCAGAGUUCAUCAGAAAGUGCUAGUAGUUCUAACAAUGGUGGGAAAGGAGGAAGGAAGAAGAUGAAGAAGAUGAUGGGAGUGUUGAGGAAGAUUGUCCCUGGUGGAGAAGAGAUGAAUACAGCUUCUGUACUUGAUGAAGCUGUUCAGUAUCUCAAGUCACUUAAACUUGAAGCUCAGAAACUUGGCGUUGGACAUUUCUCAAACCAGUCUUGA